CCCUUGUUUUCCCACCCGUGCACUGCACUCGCCGCGCAUUGCCUUGCCGUCCCCGUCGCCCUCCACCAUAUAUACCCCGCGGCCUCCGCCUCCCCAACUCAUCUCACCUCCCCAAGUCCUCCUCCCGUCCUCCGUCCACCCGAAGCAGCAGCGCAACAGGCAAAGCCUGCCAAGCUCAAGGCCGCGGUAGCUAGAGAAGCAACACCACCAGCACCGGCAUGGCCUCCGCCUUCUUCUUCGACGCCGAGCCGCUCUGCGAGCCCACCGCGCCGGCGCUGGACGCGUGCGCGCUCUGCGCCAAGCCGCUGGGCCGCGACAGCGACAUCUUCAUGUACAGAGGGGAUACGCCCUUCUGCAGCGAGGACUGCCGCCACGAGCAGAUGCAGGUCGACGCCAUCCGCGCCAGGCGGGCCGCCCGGAGGCACCAGCAGUACUCGUCCGGAACGGAGUCCCGGCACCAGGAGUCCAGGAAGGUGUCCGUGGCGAGCUGAACGCCAGGCAGCUGGAACCUGCAAAGCCCGCCGGAAGAUCUUCCGCUUGUGUCUCAACAAGAUUUCAGCACCUGAUGAGAAGAAUCGUCGACGGAGCUGAUGGGAUAAAGGAGUUUGAUUCCUCCGUCGCUGUUGCCCGGCCUGGGCAUUGCAUGCGCCGUUGCCCAUCGGCGCCGGAGAGCGAAGAACCUUAGGAGCAGGGGGAAGAAGAACAACACUACACAUCUGAUCUGCUUGCUUGUGGCUUUGGCUAUCUGAGCCGCCCGCAAUGAUGCAGCAACCCUUUUCCUGCGCUCUGAUUUUUGGCUCAUCGGGUGUGCGCGAGUGUUUUUAGCUUGGUUUGUACACCACUUUGAUCCUUCUGUAAAUCCAAUGCAGUUGAGAAUCAUGUUUUCAUAUUUGAGCAAUUUUUUUAGGGAAACCA